CUAACGUUAUUAGACUGUACUGUGUUUCUAAUAAGAAGUUUCUAGAAGAAAAAGAAGAAGAAGAAUGGCAUCAGGACAGGAGAGCAGGGAAGAAUUGGACGCCAAGGCGAGGCAAGGUGAGACUGUUGUACCUGGUGGUACUGGUGGCAAGUCCCUUGAAGCUCAAGAACACCUUGCUGAAGGAAGGAGUAGGGGAGGGCAGACGAGGAGGGAGCAGCUAGGGCAUGAGGGAUACCAGGAGCUGGGCACAAAGGGUGGUCAGACCCGGAAGGAACAGAUGGGUACCGAAGGUUAUCAACAAAUGGGUCGCAAGGGAGGUCUGACCACCAUGGACCAGUCAGGCGAGGAGCGCGCUCAAGAGAAAGGCAUCGAGAUCGACGAGUCCAAGUUCCGCACUCGUUCUUAAGCAUUAUCAUUUCCCAUCCCCGCUUGGUACUGUUGUUAGUUAUAUCAAUAUGAUAAUGAUCUCCACAUGAGGCCAGGAUUAUGGUGUUCGCUCAGGAAAUUACUAAUAAACAUGUAGUUGUAGUUGUAGUUGUAGACUUGUAGGCGGUAUGUAGGUUGUGUGUUGCAGGAUUUUGAAGUUAGGGCAGUAGUUUUGAGGGCUUUUGUAAGCUUUUUGGGCUGCCAUCUUGAUGAUGCAGUAGAUAAGCUUUUUCUCUUGGAAUUGUAUCUCUACUGUUUUUAAGCCUUUAGCUAGCUUAAUGCAAGUUUAGCGUUUUCUUGGCGGGGAUAUUUUUGUCCAUUACUUUUAUAUU